AUGGACUGCUUUUAUGAGUGGAAUAUUGAUAGAAAGUUGUCAACAUUGAUGUUUGAUAACUGCUCCACCAAUAAUGCAGUUGUUGAAGAUAUCUUGAACGAACUUCCAAGUGCCUCACUUAUGCUACGUGGUUCAUUGUUUCAUAUGCGUUGUUGUGCGCAUGUUCUGAAUCUAAUUGUUCAAGAUGGAUUAUUGGUGAUUAGACAAGCAAUUGCAAGAAUCCGUGAGAGUGUUGCUUAUUGGUCAGCAUCUCCUAAAAGAGAGCAAAAAUUUGUUAAAGCGUCACGUCAAGAAGGCAUUGAACUUUGUGAGACACAAUAUAGAUGUUUGCCAACUGAGGAGGAAUGGGAGUUGGCAGAACAAGUUUGUUCAAAGUUGAAAAUAUUUUAUGUUGCCAUAAACUUGUUCUCUGGAACAAAAUAUCUGACAUCUAAUAUUUAUUUCCCAAAAGUUUGUGAAAUUAGAAUUGCAUUGUCUAGCUGGCUCAGAUGUAGGAAUGAUUUGAUAAGAAAUAUGGCAACAAAAAUGCUUGAAAAAUUUAGCAAGAAUUGGGAUGUGAUUCAUGAUGUCUUGGGGGUAGCGAGUGUUUUAGAUCCUAAAUACAAAAUGAAGUCGUUAGAUUAUUUUUUUCCUCUGAUCUAUGAAGUUGAUGGUAAAGAUCAUAUAAUGAGAAUUCAAGGAUUUUUAUCAGAUUUUUUUAAUCAGUACCAAUCUAGGCAAAGAAGUAGUCAACCUCCUCCCAAUGCACGUUCUUUUCAGACUAAUAUUCCUUAUAGUGAGGAGGACGGGUCCGUUAGUGACUUUGAGAUGUAUAUUGCACAAGAAUCAAAUGUUAUGGAAGGAAAGUCAGAACUAGAUUUUUUACUUAGAGGAGAAACUUUUGCUUGGGACUCCUAA